CCUUAUUAUAUAAAUUUACCAGUCAAGAGCAUGCACAUUGUGUUUGAUCUUGUUGAACCCCAAGAUUAGCUGUUGCCUGCAUAUUUCUAUCUGUUCAUUUUGGUUCUGCAGUGUUGUUAAAAGAGUGCUUCAGGGAUGCAGUUGUCUUUCUCAAACAAGGCACCUACCCUUCCUCAGUUCCUCUCUUUCAAAGCUGCUCAAGAAGAUAGGCCGAGGAAGGCUGCUCAUGACCCUCCGCCGUCAACUGGAUUUACGGCUAUACCAACUGCAGAUUUGUAUGGCUUAGCAAGGAUGUUUCGAGUCUCCAGCCAGCAAAAUAAAACUAUUACAGUUCCUAUUAGCACUCCUCUUGUCCAGCCCCAUCUUGCUUCAAUUGGGCAGAAUAUGAUUGGUCAUACUGUAAAGCCGCAACCUUUUUCGGGAGUUCCGAUCAUGGCUUCCCCUGCAUCUGUUGUUCCUCCAUCCAGUUCUGUUAUUGGUACUACUGAACAUAGGACUGCUGCCAAAUCUUCGGCGGCACCAUCUCAAUUGACUAUCUUUUAUGCCGGAUCUGUGCGCGUUUACGAUGACGUGCCUCCUGAGAAGGCUCAAGCUAUUAUGUUAUUGGCUGAAAACGGUUCUUCCGCUGCUCAGAGUAAAACCGCUCCCAUGACUCGAGCGCAGACACAUGUUUCACAACCAUGUACCACCGAUGUUUUUUUCGGAAAUAGUUCCCGCAACGUGUCCCCUUUCUCGGGUCCUCCAAGCCAUCUUUCUGUGACCUCUCAUGUCAGUUUAAAGCCCGGUGGACGAUCUAGCAGCACCAAUGACCUAACAGCUGCCCCAAGAACAGGUGUGUUAGCAUCUACUAGUAACCAACCUGAGCCUCCCAAAUCAGUUAAUUCAGUAGGAGCUGCUGCGACAACUCGAAUUCCCACAGUAGCAGUGCCACAAGCUCGAAAAGCUUCAUUAGCUCGGUUUUUAGAGAAGCGUAAAGAAAGGGUAUCAAACGCUGCGCCAUACUGUAUCAGCCAGAGAUCUACUGGUUCCAGUCCUCUUGGGUCUGAAACUUCUGCUGGAUAUAGUCCUCUUCAACCCAUCAAUUGAGGGUCUUCAAAGCUCAUUGUUGAACU